AUGCCAGGCCGAGGGUUACUCAGGCUCACAGCCGGGUGGGCCCUGCUGUCACUCUGUGUGGCAGUAGAUACCUGGCCGUACAUGACCCUGCAGACUGCGCCAUACCAACCUCCGCAGAUCCAAGUCACCAAGAGCGGCACCACCGACCCGGGGUAUCUCUUUGUUGGCCCCCGGGGCAACAAACCAGAAGGCACGGCGGCGUUGAUUUACGACGAGGACGGCAACCUGGUCUACCAGGGCCCGGACGAGGUGACGGCCAAUUUCCGCGUGCAGCGACUGUUCAACCAGGAUGUCAUCACCUUCUGGGCCGGCAACAUGACCGACCUGGGCUUUGGAUACGGCUCCGUCCACAUUCUCGACAACACCUACCGGGAGAUCUACACGGUGACCCUGCAGGGGAACUUUGUAACCCCGGACAACAUUGUCCCGGAUUCGUUCAUUGACCUGCACGAGAGUCACAUCUCGGACCGCAAUACGUUGCUGGUCACGGCCUACAAUGUCACCCAGCAGUCGCUGACAUCGAUCGGGGGGACGCCGGAGGAUUACAUGCUGGACAGUCUGUUUUAUGAGAUCGACAUUGCUACCAAUGAGAUUGUGCAUUCGUGGAGUGCACUGGAGCAUGUCGACCAGAUUGCCUUGACGGAUUCCAAGCAGGGGAUUGACGUCGAUCAUGGAACGCACGACCAGCCGUGGGAUGCGUAUCAUAUCAACUCGGUGGAACUGUUUGACGAGGGGUAUCUCGUCUCUUUGCGUCACUACUGGUCUGGGUAUUAUGUCCAUGCUAAUGGGACGGUCAUGUGGCAAUUCAGCGGCGAACUGGGCAAGGGCGACUUUACACUAGACCAGGCCGGGGUCUUCUCCUGGCAGCACGACAUGCGCAUCUACAACAAGACAGAAACCGGCAUGAUCCUGAGUCUGUUCAACAACGCCAACACCCCUACGGAGACUGUUGCGGCGUCGACGGGUUUGAGUUAUGCAGUGGAUCUGGUCAACCGCACGGCAAAGACACUUCGCACCCUGAGCGACAGCAAAGACGUCAUCCACAGCGUCAGUCAAGGCAACUACCAACAGCUGAGUUCGUCGGGGCAUGUCGUGCUGGGCUAUGGGUCGAUUGCCAAAAUCAAAGAGUUUGACGCCAACAACAAGCAGGUCCUCACGGCGCAGUUUGGCACCGACAACGAGGUGGCCUCGUACCGGGGGUACAAGUGUGCCUGGAAGGCGACGCCGUUUUGGGCACCGGCGAUUGUGGCUCGUCGGGUAUCCCAUGAUUCUGCGCAGGUGUUUAUGAGCUGGAACGGCGCAACUGAGUAUGACAAUUGGGCUGUGAUGGCCGCUGACGCGCCAGACUCUGUCAGUACCACCAUUGUCACUACCUUUAAGCGCACUGGCUUCGAGACGUCUGGUACGGUUCGGGGGUUAAAGACAAAGUAUCUCCAGGUGGUUGCUCGUCGGGGAGAUAUUCCUCUGGGCAUGUCGCCUAUUGUCAGUUUUUAG